CACAGUUCUAAGAUCUUAGUCACAUUUCGAGGUUCUCAGAUUGGCUAAAAUACAAAGCACUGCCUGUGAUGACUUACGCUGGAACCUUUCAUCUUUGACCUGUUGGCCGUCCUGUUCAUGGUGCUCCUGAACUGUGUGAAGUCACAGACACCUGCGGAGAAAGACGCUAACUUCGGUUAAAACGCAAUUCAUUUAUUAGUUGCAAAUCUAGGAGGAGGAUCAUGGCCUCGGAAACUGAAUCCAAAAAUGAUGACUUAGCUACUGCUAUUCUAAAGCAGAAAACCAGACCCAACAGACUCAUUGUUGAUGAAUCGAUCAAUGAAGAUAACAGCGUGGUCUCUCUCUCCCAGACCAAGAUGGACGAGCUGCAGCUCUUCCGUGGAGACACAGUGCUCAUGAAAGGGAAGAAAAGGCGUGAGAGUGUGUGCAUCGUACUCUCUGAUGACACCUGUUCAGAUGAAAAGGUUCGGAUGAACAGAGUUGUCCGCAACAACCUGAGGGUCCGUCUUGGUGACGUUAUUAGCAUUCAGCCCUGUCCUGAUGUGAAGUACGGAAAGAGGAUCCACGUCCUCCCCAUAGAUGACACAGUAGAAGGAAUUACUGGGAACCUGUUUGAGGUUUACCUGAAGCCAUACUUCUUGGAGGCUUACAGGCCAAUCCGCAAAGGUGAUAUUUUCCUGGUCAGAGGUGGCAUGCGUGCUGUCGAGUUCAAGGUGGUGGAGACUGAUCCCUCCCCAUACUGCAUUGUUGCUCCUGAUACAGUCAUCCAUUGUGAGGGAGAACCAAUCAGGAGAGAGGAUGAAGAAGAGUCCCUGAAUGAGGUGGGCUAUGAUGACAUUGGAGGUGUUAGGAAGCAGUUGGCUCAGAUUAAAGAGAUGGUGGAGCUGCCUCUUAGACACCCUGCACUGUUCAAGGCCAUUGGCGUAAAGCCCCCUCGUGGAAUCCUGCUGUAUGGACCCCCUGGAACAGGAAAGACUUUGAUUGCCAGAGCUGUGGCCAAUGAAACUGGAGCCUUCUUCUUCCUGAUCAAUGGUCCUGAGAUCAUGAGCAAGCUGGCAGGAGAGAGUGAGAGUAACCUGAGAAAGGCUUUUGAGGAAGCAGAGAAGAAUGCUCCUGCCAUCAUCUUUAUCGAUGAGCUUGACGCAAUCGCUCCCAAGAGAGAGAAGACUCACGGAGAGGUGGAGAGGCGUAUUGUGUCUCAGCUGCUGACUCUUAUGGAUGGCCUGAAACAGAGAGCUCAUGUCAUUGUCAUGGCUGCCACCAACAGACCCAACAGCAUUGACCCAGCUCUCAGGAGAUUUGGACGUUUUGAUAGAGAAGUGGACAUUGGCAUCCCUGACGCAACUGGAAGAUUGGAAAUUCUGCAGAUUCACACUAAGAACAUGAAGCUGGCAGAUGAUGUUGACUUGGAGCAGGUAGCCAAUGAGACCCACGGGCAUGUGGGUGCAGAUCUGGCUGCCCUCUGCUCCGAGGCUGCCCUGCAGGCCAUCAGGAAGAAGAUGGACCUCAUCGAUCUUGAGGAUGAGACCAUUGAUGCUGAAGUCAUGAAUUCACUUGCUGUCACCAUGGAUGACUUUAAGUGGGCACUGAGCCAGAGCAACCCGUCAGCACUUAGGGAGACAGUUGUUGAGGUACCUAAUAUCACCUGGGAUGACAUUGGAGGGCUGGAAGAUGUCAAGAGGGAGCUGCAGGAGCUGGUGCAGUACCCAGUGGAGCACCCAGACAAGUUCCUCAAGUUUGGCAUGACACCAUCCAAGGGUGUGCUGUUCUAUGGUCCUCCUGGUUGUGGUAAGACUCUUCUGGCCAAAGCUAUCGCCAAUGAGUGCCAGGCAAACUUCAUCUCCAUUAAGGGACCUGAGCUGCUCACCAUGUGGUUUGGAGAGUCUGAGGCCAACGUCAGAGAGAUCUUCGACAAGGCUCGUCAAGCAGCCCCCUGCGUCCUCUUCUUUGAUGAGCUGGACUCCAUAGCCAAGGCCCGUGGUGGCAACGUGGGAGAUGGUGGCGGAGCAGCUGACCGUGUCAUCAACCAGAUCCUCACUGAGAUGGAUGGAAUGUCCAGCAAGAAGAACGUCUUCAUCAUCGGAGCCACAAACAGACCAGACAUCAUUGACCCAGCCAUCCUGAGACCUGGCCGUCUGGAUCAGCUUAUCUACAUCCCCCUGCCCGAUGAGAAGAGCAGGAUCAGCAUCCUGAAGGCUAACCUCCGCAAGAGUCCCAUCAGCAAGGAUGUUGACUUGGACUUCCUGGCCAAGAUUACCAACGGCUUCUCCGGAGCUGAUCUGACAGAGAUUUGCCAGCGGGCGUGUAAGCUGGCCAUCAGGGAGAGCAUCGAGAAUGAGAUCCGCAGGGAGCGAGAGAGGCAGACCAACCCAUCCGCUAUGGAGGUGGAGGAGGAGGAUCCCGUGCCUGAGAUCAGGAAGGACCACUUUGAAGAGGCAAUGCGAUUUGCCCGCCGCUCCGUCAGUGACAAUGACAUUCGCAAAUAUGAGAUGUUUGCUCAGACACUGCAGCAGAGCCGUGGUUUCGGCAGCUUCAGGUUUCCCUCCAGUACCGCAGCGGGCAGUGGACCAAGCCACGGCACAGGAGGAACUGGAAGCGGUCCAGUGUUCAAUGAAGACAACGACGAUGACCUGUAUGGAUAAAUGUACACUGCCCGACUGUGGUCAGUACUGGGAUCACACCUGUAAUAAUUCUCACCAGAUUCCACCUUUUUAGGACUCUUGCUUCCAUAAUGUGUUCCCCCUUUUUUUUUUCUUUUUUGUACGAGUUCCCUUGGAGAAAGCAUGUAGCCGCACUUGGUUUGCCCUGGCUUUGAUGUAGGUGGGGGGUAAGGGGAUGUUAAAAUAUUUAACCUUUCUCCAGUGUUUGGUCUAAAUGGACCCAUUUUACAACUUUAAUAAAUAUUGUUUUUCAUCUUAUUGCAUCCAAGCAUCUAAAUAAAUAAAAUUGCUGUUCACCACUUUCA